AUGGUGGAGCGCGGAGACGCGGCGCCGCUGCUGCGCUGGGCCGAGGGCCCCGCCGUCUCCCCGCCGCGGGCCCCGGUCCCGCAGGCUGGAGGCCGGGGCUGGGGCGGCGGUGGGGGCGGCUGGGCGGCCGCGGAGCCGCCGAGGAGGCGGGAGCCCGAGGAGCUGCGGCAACCGGGGCGCCUCGAGCUGGGCGACGUGGAGGAGGACCAGGUGGUGGCCGUGUUCGUGGUCACCUUCGAUCCCCGCUCGGGAAACAUGGUGGAAUGGUGCUUACCCCAAGAUAUUGACCUUGAAGGCGUGGAGUUCAAGUCUAUGGCCAGCGGAUCCCAUAAAAUUCAGUCUGAUUUCAUCUAUUUCCGGAAGGGGCCCUUCUUCGGCCUGGCCUGCUUCGCCAACAUGCCGGUAGAAAGCGAGCUGGAGCGUGGCGCGCGGAUGAAGUCCGUGGGCAUCCUGUCUCCAUCCUACACCCUGCUGUACCGGCACAUGCACUUCCUGGAGAACCAAGUUCGACACCAGCUGGAGACCCCGGGUCAUUACUCUCACCUGGCUGCCUUCUAUGAGGACAACAAGGGGGUGCUCCAUGCCGGUCCGGGGAGAGGUGGCAGCCUGCCCCCCGUCUACUGGCUGCCUUCCAUCCACCGAUACAUGUACCCCGAGAUGAAGAUCACACACCCAGCUGGCUGCAUGUCUCAGUUUAUUAAGUUCUUUGGCGAACAGAUCCUCAUCCUUUGGAAAUUUGCCUUACUUCGAAAGCGCAUUUUGAUAUUUUCUCCCCCUCCAGUGGGCGUUGUGUGCUAUAGAGUGUACUGCUGCUGCUGCCUGGCCAACGUCUCCCUGCCUGGCAUCGGGGGCACCGUGCCCGAGUCCAAGCCUUUCUUCUACGUGAACGUGGCCGACAUCGAGAGCCUGGAGGUAGAGGUGUCUUAUGUGGCCUGCACCACGGAGAAGAUUUUCGAGGAGAAGCGGGAGCUCUACGACGUCUACGUGGACAAUCAGAACGUGAAGACGCACCACGACCACCUGCAGCCCCUGCUGAAGAUCAACAGCGCCGACCGGGAGAAGUACCGGCGGCUCAACGAGCAGAGGCAGAUGCUGUUAUAUUCCCAGGAGGUGGAAGAAGAUUAUAACCCUUGUGAAGAGGACCUCUUUGUGCUGUUUUUCCUUGAGCAAAACAACCGGAUAUUUCAGACUUUGUUGGAGGUGUCCGCCAGUCAAGACAAAACUCUGACAGCUGAGCAUGCCCGGGGCAUGGGUUUAGACCCCCAAGGAGACCGGAGCUUUCUUAUGGACUUGCUGGAGGCCUACGGCAUCGAUGUCAUGUUGGUCAUUGACAACCCCUGUUGCCCAUAGGAAGGAUGAGCUGCUAUCACGUGGGGAUGGCCUGAUUUCUGAUUGACACACAGGAGUAUUUAUACUUCCAACAAAUGUAGUUUUUGCAUCUCCUUUCUUCCCUUCUUCCCAAGAGGUAAGAUCAGAGCGCCUUGAUUUUGGAGGUUACUGGAAGCUACCACUUUCCUAGCUGCUGCUGGGUUCAGUCUUGGGAGUUAUCAAAGCAGAUUCUCUCAUCUCCUCGUGAUUGACUUGAGGUGAGGGGGGAAGGCCGCCUAUCACCAGGAGCUCUGGACACCCUGGCUGGACUGUUGGGAAAGUCUGUCUGGUCUCUGUCAUCUGAUGUAUCAAGAAUGAGCCCACAGUCUGUCCAGCGUGGCCUUGCAUAUCCAUCUGCCCAAAGCAGAAGCUAGACCAGAUGGCCUUCCAAGGUUUUCAUCAGUUCUGGGAGUCUUGUCUUGUGAUCAAAUUUCCUUUCUGGUUUAUUAGAGUAAAUCUAUGUUUUCUCUGUUCACAUAGAGACUUCAGAGUGGGACAAAGGAUGUUUUUGUCACCAGGUACGAAGCUUCUCUAGAUAGAGGACAGGGAGUGGUGGCUUCUAAGUCAGCUGAAAACUAAAAUUGUAAAAAUGAAGCCUGGAAACCUUUCCCUAAGUUAACAGUGGCUGCUCCACGUCAUAGUUUUGUUUCUCUGAUUUCCCUCCUGGGACGGGCUGGCACAUUCCUCCAGGCCGAUGUCAGCAAGAAUGUGUACCAGUUAGGAGCCUUCAUAAACAAACUUCUUUUUAGCAGAGACAGCAUUCCUCGAGCUAGGCAACUGGGACCAGAGACGCACCAGACUCGUUAGAGGUGGCGUGCCUGCACCAGGGGCGCGGCUGGGAACCCCGUGUGUGAGAUGAGUUUCUCUGCUGUGCUCGGACCUGGGAUAGCUCCUGUUGGCCCUGCUUGUUCCCUUUGGCUGGGGUGUUCAGUGGACGUCAGCCGCAGUGAGACAACCACAGUUUGUUAGAGAAGCCUGCUCCUGUGAGUCGAGUAGAGGUCUUCUGGGCCAGUUCAGGAUUUCGACUUGGGGUCCUGGGUUGUUUGUGACAAAUAACUUCUUCCCCUUCACUGUUCCUACCUGACUGUGUUAUUGGAAUAGCUGUCUGUGUAUCUGUGUCCGGGACCAAGUUCUAGCCAGGCUAGUGUCAGAGAGAAAUAACUUUCAAAUGGAUGGAUCAUGUGUCUUGUCUCGAGACUAGCUUUGUAGGGCUUAUUGCUUUAUUCAGAACCAUUCUCACUGCAGCUCCCUGAUACAGAAUUCAAGAUUAAAGAAGUUCACAUGUGGAAAUGCAGACAUUGACUAAUCAAGGGUAGUGUCUUUUAUGUAAAUAUAUAAAUAAGUUUGGGCAUUGAAAUGUAAACUGUACAUUUUUCUUCUCUGUGGGUUUAGCCAUCAUUUCAGUAGUAUAUUUGUUUACAGAAGAAAAAAAGAAUCCGUUUAGAAGCUGAAGCUUCACUGCCUUUUUCCUUGAAGAGUGGCCAUCUCCUCUUAUUCCUGGAGAAGGAGCAGCCUUUGUAACUUGGGUCAAGUAAUGGUUACUGUUAGUAUUAUUGGAAGGUUCAAGGCUUUCUAAGUUGGGAUGGGCGGUCAGAAGUAGGGGUGGGGUAAAAGGGAAGGUCAGGUUCUCUUGGAGGACAGAGGCAGGCCCUCAUUCUGUGGAAUCAGGGAAUUUGUUGGGCAAAUACUCUUUGUAAGCCCUUCUGUUCUAGAGGGCUUCUGCAUGCGAAUGCUUUUAUUUCUGUGCGAUUGUAACUCCAGGCUUAGACGUGCUGAUGUACAGGUAAUCAGAUGAAAAUGAGGUUCCUGUAUUUCUCUUUGAAUGGCGGGCCCAGGGUGCCUCACCCCUUCUUGUAACUCCAUGCACUUCUAGGCAGCCGUCCAUCUGGCAUCCCCUGGGCUGGGAGUGGCCCUGGGAGAGGGUGCACCCAUGCGGCGGUGCCAGGUCUGAAGUCUGUAUUCGGCUGACUCCAGAGCAGAACUCCUCUGCUACCCCCCGCCACCCCGCCUCCCCAACAGAGUCCUUUGAAGAGGAUACCCAAGCGCCGGUCCUUCCCUGCAUCGCCAGCUUCCUGGUGAGGCCAGGAAUCCAGCGCAGCGCCCUCUGCUGGGCGGCAGAGCACGCUGUUACCCUGUGUUACCCUCGUCACUGACAUCCCGGAGAGGAGGAUGGAGCCUCUAGGAGUUCACCUUUUGGAGGCUCCCUCCUCCGCCCCCCCACCCCCACCUUCUUCCCCAAUCUCUCGGGUGAGCAGCACGCCAGCAUCACUUGCUGCCAGGUCUCUGCAAGGGGAAUUUGUUGGCGAGGUACCAGGCAGGGCUCCCUGCGCAAGGACAGCAGAAGCUAGGAGCCACCCAGACCUGCUUUUGUGCCACUAUGGAAAUACUUUCAGAGAAACCAUCUGCUUUUGUUUGGAAGUCACUGGUGAAUGUCCUUCUCUGUCCUCUGUAGAAACAGGGCUUAUUAUAAUACUACUGUGACCUUCGGGAGCUGGCUGGGAACCUCAGGUGUGGGUACAUUGAUUGAUGGUGACCUUCUGUCCCUCUCAACUCUCAGACCUCCUCCUCCCAACCCUGUGCCAGCUGGCUUGGUCCUUCUGGGGAACUUUAAGCCUGAUCUGACGCCAAGCUGUGUGUGUGUGUGUGUUCAGUCAUGUCUGAUCUGACGCCAAGCUGUGUGUGUGUGUGUGUGUGUGUUCAGUCAUGUCCGACUCUGUGUGUGUGUGUGUGUGUGUGCAGUCAUGUCCGACUCUCUGCGACCCUGUGGUGUGUAGCCCGCCAGGCUCCUGUGUCCAUGGUAUUUAUCAGGCAAGAAUACUGGGGUGGGCUGCCAUCCCUCCUCCAGGGGAUCUUCCUGACCCAGGGAUUGAACCUGGCUCUUGAGUCUCCUGCACUGGCAGGUGAUUCUUUACCCACUGAACGAAGCUGUGAGCCAUGCCCUAAGCUGGAAACAUUGCUACCUUGAGAAGUGGGGGCCACCGGGUCAUCCUUGGAUGAAGUUAAAAGAAAUUCUAGGUGGUCAGAGUCCUUGUGGGCCUAGAAUCCAGGCUUGGAGUUUGCUGAUGUCUAGUCAGAUAUGACAAAGUUCUGACAAAAUGGAUUUUUUUCACUUGUGCAGACUUGGCAGAUGGUACUCUUCAGCCUUGGGGACAAUGUCCAGUUGUCCUCUGGGUUAGGACUCUUCUAAAGGAGUCAGAAAUGGUAGGACUUAUCUUUCCCCAGACCAGAAAGUAUGGGGCAAAUAACAGUUCAGAAUUGGCUUUGGCUUUUGCUAAGCAUGAAGCACCCCUUAGGCCUGGCAUAGAUCCCUUUUAAGGUAAGUGCCCAUACAGUCCUCAGUAAAUUAUGAUUGCUGUGGAUUAGGAGGCUGCCUCCGUCAGUCAUCAUGGCAUUGUGUCUUCCAUUUGGCUGGAGAAGGGAAGCUGAAUUCAUUGAUACAUUGAUAGAAAUCAUUUAGCCUAGGAAUUUGCAUUUGUAACUUGUUUGUCCCACGUGAAAAAGAUGGGAAAUUUAAGUAUAGCACAGGGUGCAGAUCAUUCUCAAUACCACAUGUGAAGAGUCAUUGAUCAGUGUAACUACCUGUUUUAGCUAGAAGAUAAAGGUAAAGAUAAAUGAAACCAUAGCCGAACCACUUUUUCAUUCUGGUGGUUAUGAGGGCAAACUUGCUAUUUGUCUUAAUACACUGAAAGCCCUUCAAACAGAGUAAAAAAGAUGAGCUUACUCACCUUUAAACCAAGGCCUUUGGGGAAGCUUUUGCAAAGGGCAGUGAUGUGAAGUUUUUGUUAACCUUUUAAAGGCAGUACGACCACCCUCCAGGAAGAAGGGGACCUCAGGAACUUGUUUUUGUUUUGAAAUGAAACUACCCAGUGGCAAAGAAUCCACUUGCAUCUCCUGCUAAUGCAAGAGACAUGGGUUUAAUCCCUGGGUCGGGAAGAUCCCCCGGAGAAGGAAAUGGCAACCCACUCCGGUAUUCUUGCCUAGAAAAUCCCAUGGACAGAGGAGCCUGGUAAGCUACAGUCCAUGGGGUUGCAAAGAGUCAGCCCUGACUCUGGACUGCUAAAUCAAAGAAGGAAAAGAAACCACAGAGCCCAGGGAAUGAACUGAGGUGCUUUCUCCCAUCCCAGGAGGAUCGUACUCACAGAGGUACGGGAAGCGGGGGGUGCUGCUGAAUAAGACAGUGUUCAGGUUGACCGUGAACUUGCCGUGGUGUGAUGACAGUUCUCCACCAGGCAGGAAAGUUAGUAAUAUGGGGACCAGUGUGUGUCAAAUGGGCUUUCAUCUCCCCACUAGGCUCCUGGCUGUGGGCCUGGACUCUGAAAGGGCCAGUCCUCGGUCUCUCCUCUGCACUCCUGCGGUACCUGUAUGUGGUGCCCUGUGGUGAGGCUCCUGCAUGGCUGGGGGCGCCUCAGCAGGCCAGCCCACCCCUCUCAUUUCAGGAAAGCCCUUUUGUGAUUCAGGUGUAGGGGAAGAGGAGCUCAGGGCUCCUUUUUACUCCUAAGUCAUGGAUGGAUUUUUAAUAUUCCAUUUGUAUUACUAAUAUACCUCUGUUCCCAGGAGCUACUAGAGGGCCGAGUGUGGUGGAAAAAGGCUGUGAAUUAAGUUAAUGUUUUUCUGAUAAGAAGUGGAAGUUUAUUUUUAUAUUGAUAUGACUAUGUGAUGUAUUGAGGAUGCACAUGUUGAAAUGGAAGGAAAUGUCAAAACAAUAAUCCUGGAAGAAAUGGGCAUAUUGCAAUUUGGAAGCAGCUGAGACCCCUCCCCCCUUUUUUUGUUUUUUAUUUAAAUGUUCUGGUGAGUGACUAAGGACUGUCCUGUGAAAUCUAACAGCCUUUUGAGGAGAUAAAGUUUACAGUCCUGUGGAGGAUGACGUACAGUCACCAACCUUAGUAAGACUCUUUUAUGAAAGCGGGUGAGUGUGAUCAGGCUGAUUGCUAGGCCUCUUAACUGGAGGGAGUCAGAGGUAGUUUUAUAACUCACUUUAGCUCAUUUUUUUGGAGCUGGAAUACAGGGGCUAUUGGAUGAAACUGCACAUUUAGAAAGGAAAUAAUUUUCUAGUACUAUACAGAGAACUGAUGAUGGAGAAGUAAAGCCCUGCUCUCGUCUCUUUAGCAUUUAUUCUAGAAGCUCAGCACUGAAUGGGCUUUUCGAGGUAAUAGGAUCUCAAUUCAGGAAAUGUAUUUAAUCACCAUAAACAGAUGGGUAUGAACCACCUCUCUUUGCUAUAGAAUGCCUCUUUACACUAACGGUACAUCUAUUUUGCUAAGGACAGUUGGGGGAUGCGGAGGUGGGGUGUAGGGUUUUAUGAACUAGCCAGAGAUGAUCCACAAAAUGAAAAAUCCACACACAGGUCACUGAGUUAUCUGGUUGUCAACAUAUAUCGUUGACAUUGGAGUGAAAACUCCUUCCUUUGUCCAAAUCAAACAAAGAUUUUCAGUCUAGCCCUCCAAGACCAGUGAGGAAAGCUGUAGAUUCUGUGCUUUUGAGGAGACUGGGUAGGAGACUUGAGGGGUAUGGGGUAGAGGAAAACAAAACGAACCUCCUUUGUACAUCUCAGGCUUGUUGGCUAAAUUUUUUUUUUUAAUCGGUCUGACGAGUAAGUCUUUUCUGAAAAACUUGGGAGACGUUCUGUGUUUUCCAAGUGUAAGAUCAGCAUAGCCUCCCCGUCGCCUUAAAUGUCAAACCCCUAUUUUGAUUAAUAUCCCAGUGUAAAAGUCAUAGCAAUAAGAGAAAUGGAAUCUAGUUUUGUUUCAAGUCUUUAGCUCCUAGGAUGAAAUUAGUAAGACAGCUGAUACAUCUCCCUGAAUGUCCUGCAUCUGGCUCUGCUGUCCUCUCUCGUCGGUGGUAAUCAUUUAGAAGGCCUAAGGAAAGCUGGGGUUCAUCCCAGCGGGUACAUGUUUCUUGAACUGAUUUUGUUCUGUGCUACAGAUAACAUCUGUGUAUAUCAUAUCUGUAUAUAUCUGAACCAAGCUGUAUGCAGAGAGGUUGAUAUAACUAUAUUUACAGAAAACUGUUUUUAUGAUUAAAAUUCACAUUUUAACACGAA